AACCGGAAACCCUUCCAUGUAAAACCCCGCAGAAAGAUCAAACCCCGAACCCGGGGGCGCUUCUGAAGAGCUGAUUAGGGUUGUUCCGCCACGGAGCUAUUGCCUCCUCAUUCAUGCUGAUCCAUAGAGGCGGGAACUCGAUGCUGGCCGUCAAUCUCUUCAAGUUACGCCUCCCUGGUUUCCCCUUGCCUCUCCUCACGUCCCUGAAGGUCUCGCAUGCCCACUCGCAAACCCUCGCCAUCCGAUGCCUCAGUUCCUCCUACAUCGCUCCCAAUAGCUUCCAGAGGCACCCUCCUCCACCGCCUCCGCCGCCAACUCAUGGUCCACGUCCCUCCGGUCCCUAUUCCUACCCGCAAGACCACCGGAAUCCAAACCGCUGGCCGCCCCAGAAUCAGCACCACCAACGCCCGCCACCACCCUUCGAUAGUCAUCCCACUGUGGGCGGCCGCUACCCUCCCUUUGCCGGGCGCCCUCCCGUCGACACCGGCCGUCCCCCGGUGGCCGAUGUUCCGCCGCCCCCUCUUGCUGCCCCUCCUCCGGGACCCAUCGAGCUCGUUGCCCUUGCCCAAGAAGGAAAGCUCAAGGAAGCUGUUGAUCUGUUGAACCAGGGCGUACUCCCUGACCCUCCUACCUUCUUCGACCUUAUCGCCUCCUGCUCCGACUCAAAGCAUCUCGAUGAACUGAAGAAGAUUUAUGAUUUCUUCUUUCGAUCCCCUUUCCGUGCCGACCUCCAAAUCAACAAUAAGCUACUGGAAAUGUUCUCAAAGUGUGGUAGUAUGAUUGAUGCCCGCCGGGUGUUCGAUCGGAUGCCUGACCGAACCAUGGACUCUUGGCAUUUGAUGAUCGAUGGGUAUGCGGUGAAUAACCUGGGUGACGAUGGAUUACAGAUGUUUGAGCAGAUGAGGAAGGUUGGGGUGUGCCCCAACGAAAGUACCUUCCUUUCCGUCUUAGCCGCUUGUGCCAGUGCCGAGGCAGUGGAAGAGGGCUUUAUUCAUUUUGAUGCCAUGCAUAAAGAAAACGGGAUAUCACCACAGGUCGAGCAUUACAUUGGUCUGAUCGAAGUCCUCGGCAAGUCAGGCCACCUUAACGAAGCAAUGGAAUUCAUCGAGAAGCUACCAUUUGAACCACCAGUAGCUGUCUGGGAAGCGAUGAUGAACUUGGCUCGGGCUCAGGGCGAUGUAGAUCUUGAGGACUGUGCUGCGGAGCUCAUGACUUUCUUGGAUCCUUCAAAGAUUCUUCCGUCCAAGAUUCCAACCCCUACAGCCAAGAGGCGAUCCGGCUUAAACAUGCUGGAUGGGAGGAACAAGCUAGGGGAGUACCGGUUGCCCCCAAAGAUAGAAAAGAAGGUGGUGAAGGAGCAAGUUUAUGUGCCUGACACUAGAUAUGUGCUCCAUGACAUUGAUCAGGAGGCCAAGGAACAGGCAUUGCUCUACCACAGCGAGAGGCUGGCAAUUGCUUAUGGGCUGAUAAGCACGCCGGCUAGGACGCCGCUUCGGAUCAUCAAGAAUCUCAGGAUAUGCGGUGACUGUCACAAUGCAAUCAAGAUCAUGUCUAGGAUCGUCGGGAGGGAGCUCAUUGUUCGGGACAAUAAACGGUUUCACCACUUCAAGGAUGGGAAGUGCUCUUGUGGAGAUUAUUGGUGAAGCUGCUUGCUCCAAGUAUUUAUCCUUAACUUCUGCUCUUCGCAUAAUUUCUCUAUAAAUAUUUGCUAGUGUUGGUACUUAUCGUGGUUGUAAUCCAUGCAGUGUCAUACACUUAUACUGGUGUUGAAAUAAUACUACAAGCUGAUGGUGUUAAGUUUGUGAA